CCCCAGUCACCAACAUGGCGCCGCUCUUGGUCCCGGUAUGGUGCGGGUUCAGCUUUCAGAGACGAAACUUAGCUCUCCUCCUUCAGAGAUCUAGCUCUUAUCACGCCUGGAGUUGUAACAGUAAGAGUGAAUUCAAACGGAAACAGAGGAGCGCAUAUGAGAGUCUCAGUCUGUCAUCAACAUGGACAUCAACACGAGGAGAUACCAGUCGACAAAUACUGGAAGCCGUGAAACAUGUAAAGAUACCAGACAGAACAUGCUGGCAUGGUCAAGCAGGGGGAGGGCUGAGUGCAGAUCCCAAAAAUGUGCUAAAGGAGGUGGAUUCGACCAAGAUCCUGUCCGCCAUGUUUGCGUACGUCUGGCCUAAGGAUCGACCGGAUCUGCGAGCUCGAGUGGCCAUCUCGCUCGGCUUGCUUGUCGGAGCGAAGCUCAGCAAUGUGAUGGUGCCCUUCAUGUUUAAAUAUGCGGUAGACAGCCUAAACCAGAUGUCGGGACACAUGUUGAACCUGAGCGACGCGCCAAACACGGUGGCCACCAUGGCAACGGCCGUUCUCAUUGGCUACGGCGUGUCUCGGGCGGGUUCGUCGCUCUUCAACGAGCUUCGCAAUGCCGUGUUCGGCAAGGUGGCGCAGAGCUCCAUCCGACGCAUCGCCAAGAAUGUCUUCCUGCACCUGCACAGCCUGGACCUGGGGUUCCAUCUGAGCCGGCAGACGGGCGGACUGUCCAAGGCUAUCGACCGGGGCACACGUGGCAUCAGCUUCGUGCUCAGCGCCCUCGUCUUCAAUCUCGGACCCACAGCGUUCGAGAUGGCUCUAGUCAGCGCCAUCCUGUAUUAUAAAUGCGGCGGUCAGUUUGCUCUCGUCACUCUGGGGACCUUAUCGGCGUACACACUGUUCACCAUCGCAGUUACACAGUGGAGGACCCAGUUCAGGAUAGCAAUGAACAAGGCAGAUAACGAAGCGGGCAACGCGGCCAUCGACUCUCUCCUUAAUUACGAGACCGUAAAGUACUUCAACAAUGAGAAAUAUGAAGCAGAGCGAUAUGACAGCUUUCUGAAAGUCUACGAGUCCUCUUCGUUAAAGACUACCUUGACCCUGGCCAUGCUAAACUUCGGACAGAGCGCGAUCUUCAGCGUCGGGCUCACGGCUGUCAUGGUGCUGGCUAGCAAGGGCGUAAUGGCAGGAACCAUGACCGUGGGAGAUCUGGUGAUGGUAAACGGACUGCUGUUUCAGCUCUCGAUGCCCCUCAACUUUCUCGGCACAGUCUACAGAGAGACCAGACAGGCUCUCAUCGACAUGAACACGCUCUUCACUCUGCUCAGCGUGGACACCAAGAUUAAGGAGAGAGACCUGGCCCCCCCACUGCUCGUUACCCCACAGGACGCCUCCAUCCGGUUCGAGGACGUCUACUUUGAGUAUCUAGAGGGACAAAAGGUCCUCAACGGGAUUUCCUUCGAAGUACCCGUUGGGAAAAAAGUGGCCAUUGUCGGCGGGAGCGGAUCCGGGAAGAGCACGAUCGUACGGUUGCUAUUUCGCUUCUAUGAACCCCAGCGAGGUAACAUCUAUAUUGCAGGCCAGAACAUUCGAGAUGUAAGCUUGGAGAGCUUAAGAAAAGCUCUGGGUGUGGUGCCUCAGGAUGCAGUCCUCUUCCACAGCACGAUCUUCUACAAUCUGCACUACGGUAACAUCAACGCCACACCAGAGGACGUAUAUAGAGUGGCCAAGCUUGCCGGCAUCCACGAUGCCAUCCUCAAAAUGCCGCAUGGAUACGAGACGCAGGUCGGAGAGCGAGGCUUGAAACUCUCAGGUGGAGAAAAACAGCGUGUGGCCAUCGCCAGGGCGAUCCUGAAGAACCCUCCUAUCCUGCUCUACGACGAGGCCACUUCCUCCCUCGACUCCAUUACCGAAGAGAACAUUCUGAGCUCCAUGAAAAAAAUGGUAACUGACAGAACAUCCGUCUUCAUCGCCCACCGGCUGUCCACCAUCGUGGAUGCAGAUGAGAUUAUUGUGCUGAAUCAGGGAAAGGUGGCAGAGCAAGGCGAUCACCACACACUCCUGAGCACUCCAGGCAGCCUGUACGGCGAUCUGUGGCACACGCAGAACAGCAAAGUGCUGAACAGCAACGGAGACAAGACGCCGCAUCCCGCUCCGGCCGAGAGAGUCUCUCAGAAGGAGGAGGAGCGCAGGAAGCUGCAGGAGGAGAUCCUGAACAGCGUCAAGGGCUGCGGCAACUGCUCCUGCUGAGACGCGCACACGAAAAGUCGUUUAUUUUUUCUUCCUGGAGACAUUAUGGGAACGGGUUUGCACAUACCGGCAUACCUUUGGCAAACUUUCUCGAUCACGUGCCUGAGUUUAGACCGCGCUCAGCAGUGAUGGACUCGGUAGGUUCAGCAGGUCUCCUGGCUUGGUCUGGUAUUCUGUAGUCUUUGUCACGUGAAUUACACACGCCUUUUCUCUUCAGCACGUUAUGCAGGCGUUUUGAACUUUUAAAACAUUUUCUCCAUACGCGGAAUCUUUUUUUUUUUUUAUCAUGGAUGUGUACAUAUUAAUAUAAGAAGAGACCAGAAUCGCAUUGUACAGGUGUACACUUGUCUCUCAUGGCUAUUUUUUAAGAGAAAUAUUGACCAGAAGUAACAGGAACACUUUAUAUCUGUCCUUUUGAAUAUAAUAUGGCGGCGGAGUCUUGUUAUAUCAGGUGUUUGAACCAGCAUUCAUUUGUACCAGUGAUGUUAAUGGAGCUUCACAAAUAUCAGCUUGAAAGAAAUUUCGUAAUAUUUUGGUUCUUUAAGAGAGGACGUGAUGAUUUUCACAUUCCUCACCGCACAUCAACUGCAGAAUUGACCCCAGCCUCGAUGUGCUCGCUGUGAGCAGUAUUCAGCAUAAUGACACUAUAUUUAGGUCUAUUCUUUUUUUUCUUUUUUUUUUUUUCCAUCAGCCCAGUUUAUUAUUGAUGAAUGGACUUGAAAUAUUGUCAAAAAGCAAUAUAGAAGUAAUUUAACUCCAAAUCAGCUUUCUGGGUGGGGUCGUAUAUAGUAAUGCGUAGUGAUUUUCUCCUCAACGACACUCAGAUGUGUUACAGUGCUCCGUCAGUUGUGUUUAUUUAAAAUAAAAUAAAGAUAUGCUCAUUGAAGUAUACUGAAAUCUGAAAAAACAUUUUCUGUAGUUGGCCCAUCAUAAUGAGGCGUUACAUCAUAAACGUCCGGAGCAAAGGCAGAAGGUGUGUUGGAAAUAAAAGCCCAAAUAAUUCUGAA